CAGGUUUAUGUCACCAUGCAGCACUAUGGAGUGAACGGGUACUCCCUCCACGCCAUGAAUUCGCUGAGCGCCAUGUACAACCUCCACCAGCAGGCAGCCCAGCAAGCCCAGCACGCCCCCGACUACAGGCCCUCGGUGCAUGCCCUCACCCUGGCAGAGAGACUGGCCGGCUGUACAUUUCAAGACAUCAUUUUGGAGGCACGUUAUGGAUCCCAGCACCGCAAACAAAGGCGAAGUCGCACAGCCUUCACCGCCCAGCAGCUGGAGGCACUGGAGAAGACCUUCCAGAAGACUCACUACCCAGAUGUGGUGAUGAGAGAGCGGCUGGCUAUGUGCACAAACCUACCUGAAGCCAGAGUCCAGGUUUGGUUCAAGAACCGGAGAGCCAAAUUCCGGAAGAAGCAGCGUAGCCUGCAGAAGGAGCAGCUGCAGAAACAGAAGGACUGUGAAGGGAGCCACAGUGAGGGAAAGACGGAGCCGCCCAUGCUGGAGACUCAAGCCACCACCCCGGAAUCUGAGAAGGUCCAGAGCCUCCCGAGUGAGGUAGGCACAGACCUCAACCUAACCCUGUCGGAGCAGUCGGCCAGCGAGUCGGCGCCCGAGGACCAGACUGACAGAGAGGAGGAGUUUAAGAGCACCUUGGAUGAGGCUAAAGUGGACAAGAGCCCUGGUGUGGACAGCAAGGCCUUGAACUGCAAGAGAGCAAGCCCAAAAGCAGAGUCCCCUCUCAGCGCGACGGUGACGCCUUCAUCCAGCAGUGGCCUGGGUCAGACUCACUCCUACUCCUCCUCGCCCCUGAGCCUCUUCCGCCUGCAGGAGCAAUUCCGCCAGCACAUGGCAGCCACCAACAACUUGGUCCAUUACUCCUCCUUCGAAAUGGGGACACCGUCUGCCAUGCCCUACUUGGGCAUGAAUGUCAAUAUGGCGCCGCUGAGCUCUCUGCACUGUCAGUCGUAUUACCAGUCACUCUCCCACGCUCAGCAGGUCUGGUCCUCACCCAUCCUGCAGGCCUCCAGCUCCCUUCCAAGCCUGAACAGUAAAACGACAAGUAUUGAGAACCUAAGGCUCCGGGCGAAGCAGCACGCGGCAUCCCUUGGGCUCGACACCCUACCCAACUGA